AUUCCGGCCUUUGCAGUGCAGCUCUUCCUGGGAGAUGCUUCCCAAGUGGAGAUGCCCGACAGCUGAGAGGUUUGCAGGUGAAAGGAAAGAGAAGAGAGAAAAGGAGAAAGGAAGAGGGGAAUGAAUGGGAGAUUGGAGGAGAAGGAGAGAGAGGGAGUUGCAAAUGCAGAUUAAGGCUUAAUCUACACUGCCAUAGAAGGAUUCCAAGUAAUGCCAACCGCAGUGUUAGGUGGUUGCAACCAUAAUGUGCCAUGGGAAAAACAGACUAUGUAUCUGUAGUCAAUGUCAGGGAGAAGACAUUGUGCAUUAUUUGUUAGUCUGUCCUUUGUAUAGUGACCCAAGAGAAAGACACCUGAAACACUUGCUGACAAAAGAAUACUCUUGGUACCAGAACCACAAGCCAUGAAGGAGGAAAUGUCUGCAGCUCGGCAACCACACGGUGGACAAGGUGAACUUAGGAAAGCCACUGCUGAUGUUCGGUCUGAAUGUUUCACAGAGCAACGAGGGUUAGGAGCUUCCGUCGAGGGCAAAGAAGAGCCAGGCAAAGGUAUGCACGAGCAUACCUGGGAGGCCCAGUGGCAGGACUUCUUGGAAACACUGCAGCCUCUCCACACCGGGUGGAAGAACCAAGUGACAACAGAAACCGUCCCAUGGGAAGACGCCAAGGCCUUCCUGGCCUCUUUCGAGCAAGUGGCCAAAGCCUGUCGGUGGCCAAAGGAAGAGUGGGCAGCUCGGCUGUUGCCCGCAUUGAGCGGAGAUGCAGAGCAGGCCUUUCAGAGCCUGGGAGCCAGAGACAAGAAGGAUUAUGGAAAAGUGAAGGCUGCUAUCUUGAGAGCAGAUGCCCUGAAAAUAGAGACACAGCGUCAACACUUCCGGCAGUUCUGCUGCCAGGAGGUUGAGGAUCCGCGAAGGGUUUACAGCCAAGUCCAGGAGCUUUGCUGUCGGUGGCUGAAGCCGGAGAGACGCAGCAAGGAGCAGAUCCUGGAGCUGCUGGUCCUGGAGCAAUUCCUGGCCAGUCUCCCUCCAGAUCUUCAAGGCUGGAUCCGAGUUGGAGGACCAGAUAGUUGCUCCCAGGCUGUUGCCCUGGUGGAGGAUUUCAUGAUGUGCCAGCAAGAGGCUGAGAGGCGGAAGUGGCAGGGGCCACUGACGGAGGAGUGCCUGGGCUCUCCAGGUAAAGAGGAAGAGUCUUCAGAGUCCUAUAAAGAAGUCACACAAAAUGGUGACACAGAGAUCAGUGCGCCUGGCAAUGGAAUCAAAUGCCUCAGUCAUGCAGAAUCAUCCCUUCCUCAUGAAGGACAGGAAGUGGUCCAGACUGGUGUCAAGAAGGAGCCAAUGGAUCCCAACGAAGCCAGUAUGUCUUUGCAGAUAGUCCAGCGGGGCCUCACCCAUCCAGGUCAACAGACAGUUGUCUGGGAAGUCCUGCAGGAGAACGGCAAAAAAGUGGACACUUUGGGUGGCAGAGAAAGGAGUAUGAUCAAGACGGAGAACUGUGAGGAUGGAAGAAACGAGUCGGAGGACACAUCUGAGACGUCAUCACAUAUAAUGCAAGGCAGAAGGAAGGAAGGUGGCAUGCAAGAGAUAUAUGAGUUCGAAGAGGAACAGAGAAGUCAACUGAUGGAGAGAUCAAGCAGAUGCAAUGAACUCACAACAGCUUUCACGUCUCCAGUUUGCCAGCUUUUGAAGGUUCCCGGAAGAGAUGGCAUGCCAUUCAUGGUCAACGGUGACAGAACAUCUUGUGAUCAGCUAGAGCUUGAUAUGAUACAUAUCAAUGCAGACUUCCAGCAAAAUCCGUAUUCUGAUAUCCCCCAGAGAACGAUAUCAGGGGAGUGUAAAUCUAAAUUCUCUGAGAGGGGAGUUUAUUUGAACAGACACCACGCAAAAGAGAAGCUCAGUCACAUUGAACCAAAGUGUCCCCCUGACUGGACCUUCAAUUACACAAAGCCACUCAAGAAACAUCCAGGACUUUCUAGUGAAGGAAGGCUUCGGGAAUCUUCUCCUUGUCGUCAGUGCCGCAGUGAAAGAGAACAUUUACUGACCCAUUCGUGUCCUGGAGAAAGAGUUCAUGACUGUCCGGAGUGUGGCAAAGUUUUCACUUCCAAACCGGCGUUGUUGAGACACCAGGAAAUGCAUGCGGAAAUAAAACCGUACGAGUGUGCUCAGUGUGGCAAGUGCUUCAGUCAGAAGAAAUACCUGAAGAGUCACGAACUCAUGCACGCCGGGGAGAAACCCUACAAAUGCCCCGAGUGUGGGAAGAGCUUCACGGAGGCCAGGAAUCUGAAGAGGCACCACCGAAUCCACACCGGAGAGAAGCCGUUCAAGUGCUCCGAGUGCGGGAAGUGCUUCAACGAGGAAGGCAUCCUGAAGAAACACCAGCGCAUCCACACGGGGGAAAAGCCCUACAAGUGUCCCGAGUGCGGGAAAUGUUUCAUUCAGGGGAGCGACCUGAGGAACCAUCGGAGGAUCCACACGGGGGAGAAGCCCUACAAAUGUUCGGACUGUGGAAAAAGCUUCAGCCGGAGCCAGCAGGUGAAGAGGCACCAGAGAAUACACCUGGAGAGAAACCAUACAGAUGUCCUGAGCGUGGAUUAAGUCAGGGGAAAAAAAACCCUGAGAAUGUAUGUUAAGUGUCAUACGAGUUGUAAGGGAUUCCAAGUUUCCUGUCUUCAUAAUAAAUUAUCUUUGUACAUUUA